CGAUCGCUAGCUCUCUAGCUCUCCGUACACUCGAGGGUGUGCGUUAAAAAGAGGGCGUUUUGAAAGCUUUUGCGCAAUCUCAUUGGUCAGAGCCUUACCGCGGGAUGUCAUCAUACAAACACGUUAUACGAUGGCUUUGCUUGUGGUUUACUGGUUGUACACUCGUGGCUUCAGUUUUGAUAGACCACUCGGGCUACGCCCUCGUGCCCUAUCAAAACUGGCCACUCGUGUAAAACCAGUAAACCACGCGCCGCCAUCGUAUAACCUAUACGUAUUCAUGUCAUGCCCGGGCGGGCCAUUCAAACAUGAACUUUGAACUUUGAACAUAGUGUAAGGUUUUUUCCAGUCCGAAUUAUGGAUCAGAAAAGCUGCGUGGUGCUUAUUAGAGCUCCCAAAGGCCCCGAGGAUGUAUAUAAGAAAGUUAUAGAGCAAGCGGAUUUCUCCGUACACUUUGUGAAAGCACUUGAUUUUGAACACAUUAACUCCGAACAUUUGGUAUCAGCACUUCAAAAGAAACAUGGAGGUUUCAUAUUUACAAGUCAAAAUGCAGUGGAGAGUACAUUUCAAGCAAUAUCAACUGUUAAAGAUAAAGUGGCAAGGUUUGUGGAGCAGUGGAAAGACACUCCUGUGUUUGUGGUAGGAAAAGCAACUGCUGCAUCAGUUAUGCAGGUCGGUCUGAAAACUACCGGAGCUGCAUGUGGAAAUGCUAAGAUGCUGGCUACAACCAUACUGAAGUAUUUUGCAGAUAAGGAUAUACCAAGCGUUGAUCCUUUACUUUUUCCAUGUGGGAACCUUGCCAGAGACACUCUUCCAAGUGAACUGGAAAGUGUAGGCCUGAAGAUUACUCGUAUAGUGUGCUAUAAUACACUGAGACAUCCCGGCAUUGAAGAGAGUCUCAAAACACUCAGUCACUGCAAACGAGAGAUGCAAGAUUAAGCAGUGCUGACAGAGUGGCUGACAGAUGGACUGACAAGUGAAACCUUCACUGCGCAUGCACAGAGCAGUAAAUAACACAACAGAGGUGUUUGGUAGUCAGUGCUGCAUUGUAUUUUUCAGCCCUUCUGGUGUGGAGUUUGUCUUACCAUUUCUAACGGCAUAUUGUGAUAUGAAGAUCACGAAGGUUAUUGCUAUAGGUCCUACUACAGCCACAAGCCUGAAGCAAGUUGGAAUAUUCCCUAUAAUGGCGCAUGCACCAACCCCAGAAGCACUCCUGGUUGCAGUACACCAAUGUUUUAUAAAGUCUACAUGAAAAUAAUAUGAUAAAAGGUGUUCAAAACUUUAUUGUUGGCGGACGCAGAAAAAGAAGUACCUAUGGCUAUUUACAAACUUCACUCUUACCAUAG